UCUCCGCCAACGCACCACUGAUACGACGACCGUUCUUGCCGCUAAUACAACCGAUCCCGUCGUGCGGCCGAAUACUGAUACCCUAUAUAUUAUGGGCUAUACGGACCUGUCUAAGGAAGGUGUGCUGUUCACAUUUGGACCGCCCCACGACGAUCGAUAUUAUUCCUUUACUUACUACGACCUCUAUGGAAACAAUCCCUUCAAUCUGGCCAGUACAUUUACCAGCACGCCCGGUAUGGUUUGGGCACAGCAAGUAACAUCACAGACGGUAGGUUUCAGACCUUACCGCUGCCAGCGGACCUGUAUCCGCCGACUAAUUGGACGAGUAAUUGGCUGCUGGUUACGGAAGGGGGAGGAGAGUUCUCGGUUACGCUUAGGUGGUAUGGACCCGCGAAGGAGCUGGAGGGGUAUGCGUAUCCGGAGUUGGAGAAAAUUAAGGCUAUUGUGAGGUAGCUGCAUCUUGUAGAUGGGCACUGAGACAUACGCAAAUGAGAUGGAGGGAACUGUUCGUGGAGAUUA